GCCAGGAUGGCUCCUCAGAUCUAGCCAGGGAGGCCAGAGCAGUGCCGGAGGUCCCUGUCCAAGUGAUGGUGGGACUGGCAUAGAGGAGCCGCCGCGAGGAUGUCUGAAGCCAAGACCCUGAGCUCCUCUUGCCUUGUGUUUCGCUUGCUCUCCUUGCACUGGGCUUUGCUCCAGCUGGGCCAGGCUUUUCCCAGCACCUCUGACUACCUCCAGCGGGGCUGGCAGCGGCUGCUGGAGGAAGGGGAGAGCUGUGCCGAGUGCCGGCCGGAGGAGUGCCCAGCUCCGCGGGGGUGCCUGGCUGGCACUGUGCUGGAUGCCUGCGACUGCUGCUGGGAGUGUGCCAACCUGGAGGGGGACAACCCCAACCACUUCUAUGGCAAAUGCGGGGAGCACCUGGAGUGCCGGCUGGAUGCCGGGGACCUGCAGCAUGGAGAGGUGCCCGAGCCCCAGUGUGCCUGCCUCUCCCACCUGGCCCUCUGCGGCUCCGACGGCAAAACCUACGCCCAGAUCUGCAGGUUCCUGGAGGUCGCCCGUGCCCACCCCGAUGCCAACCUCACCGUGGCCCAUGAGGGGCCCUGCGAGUCAGAGCCCCAGAUCACCUCUCCUCCCUACGACACGUGGAACAUCACUGGGCAGGAUGUUAUCUUUGGCUGCGAGGUCUUUGCCUACCCCAUGGCAUCCAUCGAGUGGAGGAAGGACGGCAUGGAGAUGCUGCUGCCUGGAGAUGACCCUCACAUCUCUGUCCAGUUCAGAGGCGGCCCCCAGAAAUACGAAGUGACAGGCUGGCUCCAGAUCCAGGGUGUGCGGGUGACGGAUGAAGGCACCUACCGCUGCUUCGCCAGGAACAGGGUCGGGGAGGUGGUGGCAUUAGCCAGCCUGACUGUCUUCACACCGGACCAGCUCAACCUGACGGGCUUUUCCCUGCCAAAGCCCCCCACGACACCCGAGGACUAUGGGGAGAGUGAGGAGGACUAUUACUAG